GCAUAAAUGGAGAAGAUUUAUUACGUCAAACAAUUUACGGAUUAUCUGGAUUGGCGUCAACGACAGAUAACGCAUCUAGUGUCUCUAUUCAAAUUUUAGAGAGUACAUUUAACCAACCGGGGGCUAGUUACUAUGUGUUAAUGGAUAAUAAUUUUGUGAAAAAUAAGCAACUUGAUGAGCCGAUUCGUGGGAUUGAGAAGAACGAGUAUCGGUUAUACAGUGAUAAUUACGCCGACAGUUAUUCAGAUGGAACAACCUGUCUACUUCGAUUAACUCGCGAAGGUUCUGACUACUUUAAAAGUUUAUCAAACAAUGAGAUAAAUUCACUAUUCACAGAAAUCAGCAAUGAAUUAUCCCGAAUCACGCCAAUUGAAGCAAAUCGUCUCAGCACCUCAAACCGCUGGCAGAAUGACGCUAAGACACAACAAGUUCUCAUGGAAUUUAAGGUUGAAGCAUCCAAAAAUUCAAAAAUUAAUACCAAGCAUAUAAUUACAGAUGUUGAUAAUUUGGUGCGAUUUAAAGCUUAUACACCGAUAUCAUUAUCAAAUUCUACUUAUUUGCUUGAUGAGACUUAUGGAUUUAUACCUGCAACAAAUUUAUGGGAAAAGUACAAAUAUCAACUUGUUUAUGUGUGUGGUGGAAUAGUACUUGUAUGCGCGGCAUUUUUGGUUGCUCGUUUUCUGUAUCCAGGAGGAAAUAAUUCGAUUAUUUUUCAAUUCACAUUGAUUCUUGUGGAUUUCACACUUGAUAUGCUUUUUAUCGUAAACAACGGGCAAGACGUUCAAGGUCUAUUUUAUCCAAGUAUUCUCAUCCUUUGCCUCUCAGUGACAUUCAAUGGAAUCUUAGCAUUCCUAACAAUACUCCGAGAAACCGCGCAAAACUAUGAAUUUUCAAAAUGGUUAAAUACGAAUACGCGUAUUACUACAAUUGUCACUAUUGUCAGUGGAGCUGAUAUCGAUGCAUUGAGAAUAAUCGGGUCACAAUUCGCUGGACUGAAGAUUUUUAGUGCCCCGUUUUCGAUAAAAGCUACUGGGUGGAUUUUUGCAGGGAGUUUUAUUACAUUGUUUAUUGAAGAUAUUCCACAAUUUAUUAUACAAGUCAUAUACAAAAAAAAUACAAUCGUAUACGACAUCAUUCCCUUUCUAACACUUGUAACAUCCUCGAUAAUCCUCAUCAACAAUCUCAUAUUUCGAACAUACCACGCAUUCCAGUACCGUGAUCUGUACCGCGAUAUAUUUGCAUCACAAAAUCUUCGCGAAGAAGAUAUAACCGGGAUUUACAAUACUCCUGUUUCUACAGCAAAAGAACCUUUACAUAUCGGAUCAGCGCCCGGAUCUGGUUUAGGUAGUCCCAAAGUAACCUCUUUUGAGAGUGUUCGUGGAGCUGGUGGUGGUAAUGAUUUUAGUAGCUAA